UUAACUUCAUUUACUGAGAUGGUAUCAGUGAUCUCGAUAAAGUGUUAGUACCGGAGCGAACAUUGGGCGGUAUCCACCUGUGCUCCUUAGGGCGUAACAAGAUUUUGAAAAUCACUUAUUUUUUUAUGCAGAACUGUAUGUAUAGUUUAGCUGUUAAGUUGGCCAAGGGUCAUUUUGUAACGAAACAGAUUUUGUUUAUUACAAUAUUCCGUCAAAACGCCAGUUUUAUUUUCAUAAACGACUAGUUUCCGCUAUUAUCAUCAGAUUCAACUUUACAUACCUAGAUUCAGUUAAGUUAUAACCUGUCAGAUGCUGGACUCGAAUUUUCACAUUGUGAUCAUUUUGUGAGGUGUAUGUGGGAAGAAGUAAUAUGUUGUCCUUCUCCUUCCCAAAGAACUCUCGAAAUUUCACUAGUAAACACAUCUAUGAUGCGUGACACCCCUUGUAAUGUCUGCUACUGGAGUUUCUUGAGCAUCUCUGUAGCACUCUUGUGCGGACUAAAUGACCUGCUCUUCAUUGGAUCUUCUCCAUCACUUCUAUCAGUUAUACUUGGUAAGGGUCUCAGAUUGAUGAAACAAUACUUGAGAAUUAAUGGAACAAGUCUCUUGCAAGCCUCUUCCAUCAUGGAUGAGCUAAAUUGCCUCCAGAUUCAUCCUAGGAAUCUCAAGCUGGCAUCUGAUUUUAUUACUGUUUGUUUUAUAUGGUCAUCCAGCUCAAGGUCAUGCUGGAUAGUUACUCCUAGAUAUUUUUUGGCAGAUACUGUUUGCUUCAAUUUUUCAUCAGUAGUGUAGCUGUACAGUAGCGGAUUUCUUUUCCCAUGUAAGCGCAUUAUGUUACAUUUAUUUAUGUCUAGGGUCAACUGCCAGAGACUACAGUGUUCAUCAGUCCUCUGCGGGCAAUACUGCAAGUCAGUACUGUCUUCCAACACUGUAUAAAGUUGCAUCAUCCAUAAACAGUCUUAAUGAGCUUCCAAUGCCUUCUACUAGAUCAUGUAGGUACAUUGUAAACAGUAACAUUGGUCUUAUGACACUUCCUUGAGGUACUCUGGAAAUUACUUUUAUGUCUGUUGAUUUUGUUCCAUUAUGAACUACAUUUUGAGUUCUCUUUGCAUGGAAUUAUUGGAUCAACUCACAAACCUGGUCUGGUACUUGGUAACCAAACAGCAAAUGAUGCUUUUAUUCAAAGAUAACAAUUACACUGAAGUCAUUGCAAUUCAUGAUGGUCGCCUGGGUGUUACAAAAAAUGGGACAUGCUUCUUAAUAGCAUGUGUGAUCACAACAGAUGACAAUGCAUGCCCUGCAAAGUGGCCAUUGGUGCAUGUGGACAUGCUGCAGUACAUCUCCUCAAUGCAUGCCACAUACGCUCAGUGGGAUUUUAGUUGGGGGAAAUGGACGGGCCAGUACAUUUGCCAAAUAUCCUCUUAUUCGAAGAGCUGCUUUACCUGCACUAGUCCAUGCAGCUGUGCACUGUCGUCCAUAAAAAUGAAGUCUGGGCUGCAUGCAUCCUUAAAAAAGAAGGAAGUAAUGGCUUAAUAUCAUUGACUGUUUGCAGGUGAACCAUCCACAUACUGCUACAGUAGUUUACGGUUGAACAUCUAUGAGCAGUAAAACCUAACCACAAAGUUCAAAGUUGUUGAAGAAUAAUCAGGAUAGUAAUGGAGAGCCUUGAAGAGAUGGGAAAGAAAGCAUACCAGAAACAAGUUUUUGAAUUGUAUCGUGAAGCCAUAGAUAUCUAUUCUGCAGCUAUAAAGAAACAUGGGGAAGAUAAACGGUUUUUAAAUAACAGAUGCAUGUGCUACAUCAAACUUAAGGACUAUGCGAAUGCAAUGAAGGAUGCUGAUAAAUUAGUUAAAUAUCAUCCCAAAUACAAAAAAUCGUUUUAUCGCCAAGGUGAAAUUAUGAAAUUGUUGAAGCGGUACCCAUUAGCAGAGAAAGCAUUUCUUGAGGUUUUAAAACUAGACCCUUCUUGUGAAGAGGCUCGUCAACAGUUACUGGAAACACAAAUUUUAGAGAUAUGUUCAAACCAUCCAUUUACGGAGCUUCAGGCUGCUGAUGCACUUAAUGCAACAGGGACAGUUGAGGAUGCUGUUGCAUUGCUGAAGUUAGGGGAAUUUGAUAUUUCCUGCUAUGACACUGACUUACAGGACGAUGAUGUGUACCACUCUGAUGAUGAAACUCCAGUGUCCACUGUCACCGAGAAUAAGGCAUAUGAUCCACUGACAGACCCUUCUAAUCCAUUCGGAAGCUGUACAAUAUGGAUUGGUAAUAUAACUGCAGCAGUAACUGAAAAGAUGCUAAAGGAAUUAUUUUCUAAGUAUGGAACUAUACUCAGUGUCUAUGUGUACCCAGAAAGAACGUGUGCAUUCAUUAACUACAAAGACAGCAGCUCUCCUGGGAAAGCUAUGAAGGCUAUGCAGGGGCGUACAAUUGCUGGAAAGGAAAUACUUAUAAGAUUUCCAGACAGGGUAGCCAAUAAUGCAACAGAAGCAGCCACUCACAAGAAGAAACGUUAAUUAAGUUCUCCAAGUUCUGUAAAUAGAAUUAUUGUAAGACAAUGUUGUGAACUGUACUGUAGGAAGAUUGAAACUUCCUGGAUGUGUCAACAUAUCCUAUUUUGGAGAAGUAACAUAAUUGAGUGUUAAUCUCCUUAUUUGAGGACAGUAAUGGAGAUAACAGUGAAGUGGGUAACAUACUUGAAAUGGGACCAAGAAAAGUCAGAUUUGAGGGUUGAAGUGUCAGUGUCCCAUGUUGCAGGAGAUUGUAAUAUAUAUGGACUGUUGAAUUUUUUUUUU